AUGGGCGUCAAGAAUGAAUACAUGGCUUUUUCUCGCAGAGCGGAUCUCAAGUUAGAAAAGCUCAGAGAGGUUAUUACAAGGCUGCAAAACGGCGAAGAAGUGGAUGUAGAGAAGAUCCUGGGUACCGGAGAUGAAACACAAGAGCGCGAAUGGGAAGAAGUAUUAGAAGAACUCCAAAGAGAGGAUAGGGUAUGGCAAAACAACAAGAAGAAAAGUCGCGAGGCGAAGGAGCGCCUGGCAAAGGAAGAACAAGAUGCCAACCCGGUCAACGUCGUUCAAGACAAAGCUCUGGUGGUCGAUCCACUACCUGCAUCCUCUGGCAUCGCCGUUCCACGAAGUCCUGGGUUCUAUUGA